CGGUGAUAUACAACUAAUCAUGGGUCGGGCUACUGGAGUAAGAACGAUAUUGAUACCCGAACCGAAUUUUAUUUGGAGACGAGUAUCUGUUGUAUAAAUAGACCUGUGCGAAUUUUGUCCACGGCGUCAUCACCCCAGGACAUCCAACUGCGAAAUGGAGAGAUCAUGCAAAUUGUGUGGAAUUCGUCGGUACCAAUUCUUGAGGGAAUUCUUCGCCGAAUUUCUGGGAACGUUCAUGUUGAUGAUCUUCGGGAUCGGCUCUGUUGCCCAAGCCGUUUUGAGUAGAGGAGAAACCGGUUCGGCGCUGUCAAUAAACUGGGCCUGGGGUUUCGGGGUCAUGUUUGGUGUGUACGUUGCGGGAGGAGUGUCAGGUGGCCACAUCAACCCCUCUGUGACUAUAGCGCAGGCCUGUAUUGGACGAUUUCCUUGGCGCAAAGUUCCGGUGUACGUUUUGGCGCAAUACUGCGGCAGUUUCGUGGCAUCAGUCAUCGUUUUCUUCGUUUAUACUGAUUCUCUUCACAACUUCGAUGGAGGUAAUAGAUCUGUGGAGGGUGUUAAUGCUACAGCGGGGAUCUGGUCGACAUACCCUCAACCUCACGUGUCGACGUGGAAUGGACUGGGCGACCAGGUGUUCGGUACUGCUAUAUUGCUAAUCUGUGUGCUGGCCGUGACGGACAAGCGUAACGCCGAAACACCGUCCGGUCUGGUGCCAAUAAGUGUGGGACUUUCCGUGGUUGCCAUCGGCAUGACCUUUGGUUACAACUGUGGUUACGCCAUCAACCCAGCUCGUGAUUUGGCUCCCAGAUUCUUCACCUUCUUGGCUGGGUGGGGAGCUCAUCCGUUUAGUUUUCGAAACUACAACUGGUUUUGGGUGCCUAUUGUCGGUCCGCACGUCGGCGCCGUGGUCGGCGCAAUAAUCUACCAGAUCCUGGUGGGGUCCCACUGGCCGAAAGUGUACGUCGUCACGGAAGAGGUCAAGGAAGAAAUCAGUCUGAACAAGGGCAAUGGACACGUUAACGAAGAUUUCGAGAUGGACCACAACCACAAGUGCGCUAUCGAGGCAACCCACAAGUGAUUGAUGCUGAUAUGAAUGUUGUGAUUAGACGGACAACCUAUCAACUUCGUUGGAUUUACAAAUGCUUCUUGAUAACCAAGUUAUAAAAACGAAAUAUUUAUGCUAUUAGGUUCAUAUUAUUACACCAUCGAGGUACAUAUACCACGUAUGUGCCAAGGACACAUCGCUGACAUACAAUUGUUUGUUUUAUAUUAUUACAACAACGAGCUACAUUGUAUUUGUGUCAGAAACUUUAUCGCUGUAUACAAGUUUGUUUUAUGUUGU